UACACCAUUAUAACAACAAACCAACCUUACAAGCCUCUCACUUUCCCCUCACAUUUCGCUAAAUCUGCAUCAAUCAAUCAAUCUUUGUCUUCCUCACAACCACCACCAUUCUCCGCCGGUCAAACCACCGUUUCAGUGGCGGGAACCGAGCUUGACCGUUAUUAGGUGCAUCCCUGUUUCGUUUAGACAUGGAGGUUUCCGUUUCGUCGCCGCCGAGAAAGUCCAUAGCGGAGAAGGUAUUCGGAGGUUACUAUAACGGGAACAAUAGCCACAAAAAACGUGGCAGUGAGGCUCACGAUGAUGACAGCGAUGGAGGCAUGGAACUCAUGGAGAUUGGCGCCCAAAGGACCAAGAACGUCUUGAUUCUCAUGAGUGAUACUGGUGGCGGUCACAGAGCUUCCGCUGAAGCCAUCCGUGACGCCUUUCAAAUUCAAUUCGGUGACGAAUACAGGAUUUUUGUUAAAGAUGUUUGGAAGGAAUACACUGGGUGGCCGUUGAAUGAUAUGGAGGGGCAAUAUAAGUUCAUGGUUAAGCAUGUGCAGUUAUGGAAUGUUGCGUUUCACAGUACUUCUCCUAGAUGGAUUCACUCUGUGUAUUUGGCUGCCAUUGCUGCUUACUAUGCCAGGGAGGUGGAGGCGGGGCUGAUGGAGUACAAGCCAGAUAUCAUCAUCAGUGUCCAUCCCUUGAUGCAGCAUAUUCCAUUGUGGGUUUUAAAGUGGCAAGGUUUGCAGAAGAAAGUGAUUUUUGUCACAGUGAUCACGGACCUUAGCACAUGCCAUCCUACUUGGUUUCAUCCUUGGGUGAAUAGAUGUUACUGCCCAUCACAAGAGGUGGCCACGAAAGCCUCACAAGAUGGCCUUGAGGAAUCUCAAAUUCGAGUUUUCGGCUUGCCCAUUAGGCCUUCUUUUGCCAGGGCAGUUCUUGUGAAGGAUCAAUUGAGAGAAGAACUCGGGUUGGAUCACAACUUGCAAGCAGUUUUGCUGAUGGGGGGUGGUGAAGGAAUGGGCCCUGUCAAGAAAACUGCAAAAGCUCUCGGAGAAGCACUUUUCGAUAAGGAAGCUGAGAAACCAAUUGGGCAGUUAGUCAUCAUAUGUGGCCGUAACAAGAGCUUAGUAUCUACCCUUGAAUCUCUUGAAUGGAAGAUUCCAGUAAAGGUUAGAGGAUUUGAGACCCAGAUGGCCAAAUGGAUGGGAGCUUGUGACUGCAUCAUAACAAAAGCUGGACCAGGUACAAUUGCAGAAGCAUUGAUCAGAGGGCUUCCCAUAAUCCUCAAUGACUACAUCCCCGGACAAGAGAAGGGUAAUGUGCCUUAUGUGGUAAACAAUGGAGCUGGCGUCUUCACUCGUAGUCCUAAGGAAACAGCAAGAAUUGUGGCCGAAUGGUUCACCACAAAAUCAGAUGAGAGGAAAACAAUGUCAGAGAAUGCACUUAAACUGGCACAGCCAGAGGCCGUGUUUGACAUCGUGAGGGACAUUCAUGAGCUUGCUGAGCAACGAGAGCCAGCAAACUUUCCAUACUUGUUGACCUCAUCAUUUACUAGCCUAAUCUGAUUGAUUAUUUGUGCUUCUUUCACGUUAGCUUUCUUCCAUUAAAAUUGACAUGUAGAGUUAGCUUUAUUGAUUAUAUCAUUCUUUAUCCUAGUGAUUUGGUUUAACUGUGAGCUACAAAAUUGUGGUAAAACCAAGCUCAGGUUUUAUAAUAAUUAAAGAUGCUUGCCAGGUGAUGGGUUGUCUGUAAUUGCAAGAAGGGUUAACAUUCUACUAAAAACUGUCUAAUGAUUUUUUUUUCCUAUUUUUUUCUCUGGAAUUGUAUUUAGCACUAAAAACUGGCUUUGUAAUUGGCUUCUUUAUCAGGCAAUGUAAAUUGUCAAUGGUCAUCCUUUGGAAGAA